AUAUUCUUGUCACAAUCGCAGUGGCAGCAAGCACCUACAAGCGGCCUAAGCUGAUCAAAGCAAAGGAGGCAAAACACAAGAGGAGAAGAUGGUUUCGGGGUCAGGGAUCUGCGCCAAGAGGGUGGUGGUGGAUGCAAGGCACCACAUGCUGGGAAGGCUGGCUUCCAUUUUGGCCAAGGAGUUGUUGAACGGCCAGAAAGUAGUCGUCGUUCGAUGCGAAGAGAUUUGCAUGUCUGGUGGUCUGGUCAGACAGAAGAUGAAGUACAUGAGGUUCUUGAGGAAGCGCAUGAACACUAAGCCCUCUCAUGGUCCCAUCCAUUUCCGUGCUCCUUCUAAGAUCCUCUGGCGUACCAUUCGUGGGAUGAUUCCUCACAAGACCAAGCGCGGAGCAGCAGCUCUUGCUCGAUUGAAGGUGUAUGAGGGGGUUCCAGCUCCUUACGAUAAGACGAAGAGGAUGGUUAUUCCUGAUGCUCUCAAGGUUUUGAGGCUUCAGAAAGGACACAAGUACUGCUUGUUGGGCAAACUCUCAUCUGAGGUCGGAUGGAACCACUAUGACACUAUCAAGGAGCUCGAGAAGAAGAGGAAAGAAAGAGCUCAAGUGGCAUACGAGAGAAGGAAGCAACUUACUAAACUUAGGGUUAAGGCCGAAAAGGUUGCCGAGGAGAAGCUUGGUGCUCAGUUGGAAGUCAUUGCUCCUAUCAAAUACUGAUUCAAAUUCAGUAAUUUUAUUGCCCUAAUCAUUUGAAGUAGAUGUUAUGCUAUAUACCUUAGUAUGUUACUGUGGGGGUGUCUUUUACCUCUUUGCUUGAGAAACACAAUCUGGUUUUUAGUUCCCUUUUUGGUAUUUUAUGUUUUCAGGAUUUGAUUUUGG